CAUUCCUGCAGCAGGUUGAACCGGUCAUAUUUCAUUGUACAAAACACUCACAGCCUAAACACCUGAUCGGCGUCCUGACAGCUGAUUGGUUCCGGUGAACACUGGUACAGUUGAGCCCUUGCACAGAGCCGUAAAUCCACCUUAACACUGCAAACACACCGGAAGAGAGCAGAUAUGACGGUUCAGUUUUUAUGAGUACACAUGGAUCUGAAGCAGACACAGGUUUACUGACAGCGGAACAGAAGAACUGACUGACAGACAGGAGAACAGAUCGACAGGUGGUCAGCAAGUCUCUCAGGUGUUUCUUUCAGCACAGAGGAGUUCACAACACGAUGACUUCUCCUCCUCCUUCACUUCCUGUCCCGAAGCCUCGAUCUCGUUACGUGAGGGACAGACUCGCCUCUACCUCCUCUUUGGACAGGGAUGUGAUUGGUGAAAAUCUGCAACCAGUUUUCUCUAAUGGACUUCACAUAAGCACAGGUCAAGAUGCUCCUCCUUUUCCUGCUUCUGUUGGGUCUGAUCGCGAUCCUGUCUUCCCAACUCUGGCUGGCGUCACUGAUUUCAUUGCCACCAACAUCCCAUCUUUGGCUGGAUUCGCCACCUCCAUCGGUGGCUCUGCCCCCACUGCACCUGCGCCGAUGGCUCCCUCAGCUCCCCCGUCAAUUGGCAGCAUGGCUAACAGCAUUGCUGAUCACAUACCUAGCUUAGCAGGAGCUGCUAGCACUGUGGCUAACCCAGCUACUGCUACAUUAAACUCCACCUCGACCAACACACCGGUACCUGCUAAUAACACAGGUGCUGUUAGCUUAGACAGCAUUGUUAGCUCAUUUGCUAACAUACCCGGGUUAGCCGGUCUUGUUAGCAGUGUAGCUAACCCUGCUGUUAGCUCCACGACAACCCCAGCUACCCCUUACGCCCCACCCUCCUCACUGCAGAAGUUUGGAGAUGCUCACACAGAUGUUGGGGCACUGUCACAGCUGGUGAUGUCAACUUUGGACCAGAAUUCUGGAGUCACAUUACCUCCACUACAGGACGCUGCUGAACCAACAGAGGAAGUUUCAAAUCCUCACACCACCAAAGAAGAAAGCCUGUACAUUACUCUGUUGGCUUCUUGGGCGAGUCAAGAGGAAAAUGAGACUGACUCAUCCAAUGAGGAGGAAGAUAUGGGAGUUAGUCCUGCCCCCUCUGGUGCCCAUGGACCAAUGGAAGGAGAUCCUGUUGCUAACACCAACAACCUUCCAUCAAGUCAGCUGACCCCCAGUCGGCCAGCCCCGCCCCCUCCUCGUCCUCCUAACCAAUCACAAAAGCCUCUGAAACAGAAGAAACCAAGAGCGGCCACUAUUCGAGUGUCCAGGAAGAAGGGUAGCAGUGGGAGUUCAACUCCACAAACUCCACAGAGUGCUGUGGUCCGAUCCAGCUGGCUGGAUGUCUGGAAGGGCUUCAGACACAAUGUUUUAUGGGCGACGUUGGAUGGACAGCUGAUGUCUCUUUGGAAAAAACGCACAGACCGGUUCAGUGAGGUGCUGUUUCAUGUCUCCAGUAUCACCAAUGUGAAGAAACAGGACAAGGGCAGAUUCUCUGUUUACUUUAGGAAGAAACAUUAUGACUUCAUGGCUCAUAAUGAUGAGGUUCAUGAAGGUUGGGUCACGUCUCUGCUGGCAUCUCGAGGCCAGCCAAGUCCCGCCCCUCCAGAAAUCCAUGGACAAAUCAUCAUCAAGGACCCAAGGAGCCGUGUCUACGCAGCUGUCUGGGGUCACGACCUCUGGAUUUACCCCAACAAGGAGGGCUUCCAGCUGGGUAUCGCCACCUUCUCUGUCCCCCUGAAUGUUGCCUCGGUCAAAUCUACAGGAAAACACUCGUUUUCUCUCAUCACUCCAUACAAGACCUUCAAGUACACACCUAUCUGUCUGUUUGUCCAUCUGAAUGCCUGUCACCUGUUACUGUCCUUACUAAAGAUAUAUCAAGUCUUGUUCAUUCUUUGUUCUUCAUUCCUCUUCAUGCUUCUCUCUUUAUUGGCCCUGACCCCUGCCUGCAGCCUCUCCGUUGAUUCAUCAAAGGAUCUGUCCAACUGGUUGGGAAAACUGUCCUCAUCUAUUCAAGGUGCUCUGUCCAACAGCCAGGUAGCGCUGCGUCUCUGGGAAAACCCCGACAACAAAGUGUGUGGUGACUGUGGUGCUGCCAAUCCUGAGUGGGCAUCAGUCAACCUGCUGCUGGUCAUCUGUCAGGCCUGUGCAAGUCAUCAUCGAUCUCUGGGCAGUAGACUGUCAAAGGUACGCAGUCUGAAGAUGGACAACAAGAUCUGGACUGAACCACUAAUGCAGUUGUUUCUUACCUACGGUAACCAGCUGGCCAAUCAGGUGUGGGCUCCUGCUGUGCCGGCGACGGAGCAGUUGCGUCCGGAGUCGUCUGAUGAAGAGAGGUUGAAGUUCAUCCAGGAUAAAUACAGCAAGGGACGCUACAGACGAGUCCACGCUCUGACCUCCUCACACUCUCAGAUGAAUCAGAGGCUGCGCCAGGUGGUUUGUGGUGAUGACGUAGAGGAAACAAUGUCUCUCAUCUGCUCAGGAGCAAAGGUGUGUCCGUCAGACCCUCAGAGCCCCUCCGCCAUCCUGCUGGCUGAGAGGGCGGGUCAGGCUCUGCAGACCGAGCUCCUCCGACUCAACGAGUACACAGAGGUCCCGCCUUACCUGCCGCAAUCAGCUGAUAGGAGACCUGUCUCCGCCCCCUCAGAUGAGGAAGGGGAGGAGCUUCAUGGCAAAUUGGAAGACGAUCGUUUUCUCUUCUCGUUGGAAAACGACUCUGCAGCGUGUGACGUCCUGGACCUGCGAGAAGUUCUGUCUGUCUUUGUCAAAGACGGACAAGUUCACGAGUUUGAGAUGGUGACAUUAAACGAUCAGCUAAUCUGUGCUACUGACAACCAGGACGCGCUGCAGAGUCACCUGGUUCACAUACUGAAGGUGAUUCUCCCAGGGGGCGUGUCCUAUGCAGAGGUGGGUGGGGCCACCGCUGUCAGUAAAGUGUGUGUCGUGGAAGUGGGUGAAAACUCAAGCCAUUCUGAUGCCUGGUUGUUACUAUGGGAGGACGGAAUCAGUGUUCAUCCCAUCCACAGAAACACACAGCCUCUGAGGAUUGAGCUGAGCACGCUCAGUAGCCACGACAUGGAUCCCUCUGAAAACAUCAUCACCAUGGUGACUGCAGACAGGAGUGUGUCGUUCCGCUUUGAGGAGCAGCACAGCUGUCAGUCCUGGUUCAACCACCUGCAGAGAUCUUUGACCAGUCAGAAACCACGUCCAAAGCGUCCUCCUCCACCCAAACACGCCUUAGCUCGUCAGUCUCUGUACCCGGUGAUGGAUGUGGGGUCGAGAGGUUUGGUACCACCGGCCAUCGAAUGCUGCAUCUCCCACAUCACAGCCCACGGUCUAAAGAUUGAGGGCGUGUACCGGCGCUGUGGAAUCGCUACCAAAGUCACCCGCUUGGUGCAGACUCUGAUGACGUCACCUAGCUCUGCCGCCAUGGAGAGCGAUGAGCAGGGUGUGUUGGACGUGUGCUCUGCCCUCAAACAAUAUGUCCGCCAGCAGGAGAGUUUGAUCCCAGGCAAAGACCAACAGCAGUGGCUGCAUGCCGCAGUGAUUUCAGAUGAAAGACCCAGGUUUUCAGCCUACCGACGUUUGCUACGACAACUUCCUAAUGACAACCGAGCAACACUCAAUGCACUGUUUGGACAUUUCUACAUGGUCCAGGUGUUUUCUCAGGUGAACAAGAUGUCGGCUCACAAUCUGGCUGUGGUUCUGGUCCCGACUCUGUUUCAGACUCUGAACCAGGAUCUGCUCAGACUCACCAGAGAGUUCAUCAUCCAUCACACACUGUUGUUUCUGACACCUGAGGCAGAGGAGAGACAAGAGGAAGAACAGAUCACUGUCUUCUGAGGAGGAGGAAGAAGAAAGUUGGACUGAUACCUUUCUGUCCUUAACCCAUAAGAACCCAGACUCAUUUUAAAGUGGACAUGUAAAGAUUUUAGUUUGUUAUAAGCGUGUCAACAUGGGUUCUGAUUGGUUAAAGAUGAUCCAAGUUUGGACAUCAGAUGAAUAUUUUUAACACACUUUUAUAUAUUCCUGCAGAUAAAUUCAGGUGAAGUACAUAUAAAGUAUACUAAUGAAGUUUAGUUUCUCACACUUUUAAUCCCCAUCAUGUAAAAUCAGUGUUUUACUCAUGACCAAAUAUUUUUUUACACAUAAAAAUAUUUAUGAUAUAAAGUCUUAAGUGAAACCAAAUAUCAGUAUGCAGUAUAUCUCUCUCCUUUGUCAGUUAUGGCACCCUCUACAUUUGUGCAAUGAGUUUACUGUAAUUUAAAAGGUGGAAAGUGUUUGUUACAUAUUCUGUAACAUCACUUCAGGUUGUAAAAUUGUUUAAGGAAAGGGUUUAUCCCACAGGUAAGGGGAAAAUUUGUAUUUUAGACUUUGGGGUGAAUUGUCCCUUUAAUCUUGCUCUCUCUUGGUGUCUAAACUGCCGACACCUUCAGAGUACACCUGAAUCACAGAACUCUGGUUUGAACUCACCCAGUGUGCAGUUACUGAUUCUAGACCUGGAGCCAAUCAGAAAACCAGAACGCUCAGUUUAUGUAGAAAAACACAUAUACAUUUACUCAUGUUAUAGACUGAUCUGUAAAAUUAUCCUCUCUACGUGCGAGGAAACAUUUUAUGAAUAAAAUCUUUUUCCAAACAUGAAA